CUCUGCCAGCUGUUUGUCUUCACAGAUGGAGAAGUGGGAAACACCAAAGCAGUGAUUGAUCUGGUGAAGAGACAUGCGUUGUCUCACAGGUGCUUCACCUUUGGCAUCGGGGAGGGGGCCAGCAGUGCCCUGGUGAAUGGCAUGGCUGAGGGCGGCUCUGGACACCCACAGUUCAUCACUGGAGCGGAGAGACUGCAGCCAAAGGUUAUGCAGUCUCUUCAGUUUGCCCUGCAGCCUGUUGUAGAGGACAUCUCGGUGAAAUGGAACAUUCCAGCAGACAUAUCCAUCACCCCCCUGUCUCCUCUUCCCAAUGUGCUCUUCCAGAAUCAGAGGGCAAUACUGUACUUCCAGCUCACAGGACAGAGUUCCGCUAAUAUUUCAGGUUCCGUGAGUCUCCAUUACACUCUGGAUAAGAAGGCUGUGGAAAACACACUUACCCUUAACAUGAAGCCGAAGGAGGACAGCAGCAUGCUGAUACACAGACUGGGGGCCCGCAAAGCCAUUUUGGCCUUGGAGGGGGAACGUGGAGAGACGGGCGAUAAGACUGGGAAAGAGAGAGCAGUGAAGAUGAGCGUCCAAUCAGGAGUCAGCUCCUCCUACACGGCUUUCAUUGCCGUCAACACAGAGAAUAAGCAGCCAAUCAAAGGACCCCUACUGCGCAGAAACAUCCGUUCAAGACCCGUACGCGUACGUGGAGGUGGUGGCUUGAGAAUGGUGCAACUCUGUAAUGGAGCAGCCUGGCCCCCCCCCGCUAUGGGUGCAGCCCCUAUGGCCCUUGCGUCUUGUCAUUUUAUUACACGAAGGAAACGUAAAGCAGCCAUGCCCCCCCCUAUGGACGCACCAGAGACAAAAGAUCCUUUGCUGGAAUUGAUCAGCCUACAGAAAGUAGAUGGAUCCUGGGACCUUCAACCAUCGCUGGCCUCCAUCUUUGGAAAAAAGGAAGAAGAAGUGGCCACAGCCUUACCUGGAAAGCCUGAGUUUGUAUCAGUCUGGGCCACAGUGUUGGCAGUUCUGUGGCUACAUGGUCAUAAGAUGGACUUCAAGGAUGAGUGGCAGUUUGUGGCUGCAAAAGCUGUUGCCUGGAUCAGGGCUCAGUCAGGAGCUGAUUUGACCGGGUUUGUGGCAGCUGGGAAUUCCUUCCUUGGCCUCCAGGUGGAGCUGCAGAAGUUUGGCCUGCAAGAGUGACUCAGACCCUGAAUUGCCGUCUUAUUUGCCUAUCGCUACUGCACGCAAAUUAUCCCAGCCAUGAUAAUUACUAUUCUGUAGUAUUUCUUAUUUCUUAAACUGACCAUACUGGCAUGAAAGGAACAUUUUAAUUUUCCAAGCAAAGUAAUGAUUCUGCCUAAAUCACAAUUAUGUAGACGUACAGAUUGGUUCCUAUUAAUGUGGUUUCCAAAUGUUCCCGCUAUGCUCCAUUUUAAAAGUUAUUCUUUUCAAAAUAUUUCAUAAAAUGUAACGUAAUAAUGACUAUAUAAUUUAAUUUGUUACAGCACAUUAUUGUACUUUACUUAUUAAGCUACUAAAAGUUUACACUGCCUACAAAUCAGAA